UAGAAGGCAAGGCUUUUGCCUUGCCACAGGUCUCUGGCAUUGGUAUCCCAGGUAUGUGAUUGCCUAAAUAUCACUUUGUGUUAGGGUAUGAUUGCAUUCCUUUGAGGGUGUGAAGUUCUGAGACUGGAUGGAACACCUCACUUUUGGGGUCAGGUAAUCUGGGUCGGUGUGGUGGCUUCCUGCUCCUGAAAGUAUUGUUUUCAGGUCCUCUGCCUGAUAGGAAGCUAAUUAACCUUCAAACAUCAAGGUCCUCAUGAAAGCAUUUCUAUGAAGAGCUGGCUAAUACUUAGAAUUUUCAACAUGGAAUUGCUGACAAACACAAAUUGGGUUUUUUUGAAGGAUUUGAUUUGAGCCAUAGAGGUCAGUUGGGGGCCUUUUUCUGGAUGGAAAUUAGUUGAAAUUAACUUCUUAACAGUAGAAGUUUUCAUAGUUUUUGGAAAUGUUGACAUUGAGCUGACUUUUGAUUCUUCAGCCUGCAUUUUGCCUCUGUGACAUACCAUCUUCAAGGUGCUGUUGUUUAGGAACCUUAGUGUAUUAUUUACCCAAAAGAAUUAAGAGCUUCAGCCAAGUUAUUUCUCUCAGACUGUGCAGAGAGUUUUGUCUCAUUCGUGCUCCGGGACAGGCAGUUGGGGAUUACUGCCUUCACAAUGUGAGGAAAUGCAUAAUUUUCUGAGGAAGGACUUGGGAUUCUAUGAAAGGUGGGGACUUUAGGAGCUCCAAAGAGAGGCCAUCAUGUCAACUUUUCUAGGAAAAGGAAGUUAAAUUGGUUUUGAAUUACAUUAAGGCAGAGUGCAUUAAGUAACUUUAAAUGUCAUGUUGAGAUGUUACAACUUGUAUCAAAGAAUGAAAAAAAUGUCUUACGAUUAUGUUGAUUGGAGAAAACAAAAUUUGCGGAAAAAUUGAAAUUUCUCAUGAUAAAACUGAUUUAAUGAAAACAGCCUCACUGAUAAGAAAACAUUUCAUUAGAAAAAUUCCUGAAACGAUUAAAUUUAAUAACUAGUUGUCUUUUUGUAGCCUACACUUUCCAAAAUGCCUCUGUAACUCAGACUCUGAAAUGGCACUGGUCUGAAUGAAACUGAAAAUAAGGGCUAGUACUCCAGUUCAAGCACUUGAUUAAUCUGCUGGUGGCCCUAGCUUUUCCAUAAAGCUUCUUUACCCUACUGUCAGUGAAGUGUUAAUCCUUAUCUUUAUACUUCUUAAAAAUGCCAAGUAGCUUUUGAUAUAAGAAAUGCUCUACUGGACUAGCCCAAAAAUCCACCUAGGUGGUAAUGAACGGAUAAAGAAUAAUAAGACAGCACAGAGUGAGUCUUCCUUUGGCAUACCCUUCUUCUACACUGGGGAACAGUAAUUUAAGAGCUUCCUGAGUUAUGGUCUGCACUUAGUGUUUACUAAUCUAUAAUGGAUCUGUAGAUACUGAAUUUGUCUAGUUGCUCCACUAAGCAAUGAGACAAUAAAUUCUGCAACUUGGCUGUGUUUUUAAUUGGUUGGGGUUUUUUUUUCCUGCUAAGUAUUCCCUGUUCUUUUUGUUGUUGUUGCUAUGGGAAGUAUAGGAAACAUUUCCUAUAUUUUCCUGUUCAUCAUAUCAUACACCUCUUAACUGAAGAGUUUGUCUAUUUUGGUAUUCCUUCUUUGGAAACUGAUUGUUCUUGCUGCUUGAGAUCCUCUGUUCUCAAAAGAUGGAAAGACAACUGCGCAUGUGAUGUGGAUGGUAUUUGAGUUUACACCAUGCAGUUCUUGAGAAAUUGAGGCAAACUUCAAAAAUUUCUAUAAUUAUGCUUUGGGGUUUUCCAAGUUGGAAAAAGAUCCCCAGAGUUCAGCAUUUUCAUAUUUGUGAUGAGUGGUUUAAACAAAAUGAACCCCAUGGCAAACAGGUAGUGCAAAAAAAGAUAGUACAUUAGGUUUUUUUGAGGAGAAAAUGAGGAACUAAAAUAAGUUUGGACAAAACAUAAGAGAAAAGCACACUCAGAAGGCCAUUGGUCCUCAUAAAGAUUUGUUAGGAGGCUUUGAGAUGUCAAGCUUGUUUUGGCAGAGGAUUCAGUUUUACUCAUGGGGUAGUGUAGUUCAUCCUGCCAUUCCUUGCAAGUGUCAGAAGUUUCAAAAAGAAGACCCUCAGAGUACCCUCUGUUCUAGGAAGUUAGAGUGUAAAGUUGUCAUGUCAGUCCAGUCCCACCAGUAUAAAACAGGCAUUUCCAUUCCAUAGACAUGUAAAUUUUAAAUACUGUCAGCAGAACCUUAGUUUCAGUUGUCAGUUUAGCAAAGUCUUGAAGAUUUUCACUUUAAUUCUGAGUGUCACCACUUUCAUUCUUCAGAACUAGCUCCAAAUUCUUUGAUAGAGAGAAUCACAGCACUUUAAUGUGGAAAGCUGUGAAGGUGUAAGAGAGAAUCAGCCUGAUGUAUGCAGCAGUGAUUUUGGGUGUAAGGAGGCAGAUUAAAACAGUAACUGUAUGGUUGGUGGUAGAAGAAAGCUUAGACUGCUUCUAAUACACACAUUACUCAGCAAAAGGGCUGUUGCUCUCAAAAUGUUAAGCUAAAAAAAAAAAAGAAAAGGCAAAACAAAUGUGCUGUAGCCGUCGUUGGUUUGUGACAGCGUAUCUCUUUCAUAUCUUGUGUACAGGACUAGUGUACAGGGGAAAAAGCAGCCCAUUUUAAGUUCAGGUGCUGGUAGCAGAGUGUCUCUAAGGUACAUACCAACGUGUACAGAAUCCUUUAUAGAAAUAAACCAUUUUCCCCCAGAUUUCUUUUUCAAAGUGACACUGAGUGUUUAUGUAUAGUUGAAACCGAAAUGAAACUUCACUCCCAUCAGUAGCUUUAGAAUUAGAGAGUUGUCUGUAUCACUUCCCUUUUUCCUGCCUUCUGUGAGAUGUCACAGACUUAUGGAACUGUCAGAGGAAUAAUUUAUUUCAGAAAUUGGCAUCUGACUAUCUCAAUUUAAAAUUUUUUUAAAAGCUUGGCUUAAAUGCUAUUGUAGUUUGGAAGCAGUCGUGCAUUGUUUUCCUUUGUGGAACAGAACUCUGAAUGAAGAUGCCACUUUGGCCCUUGAAUAAUUAUUUCUAAAUGUUAGAUGGCAAGUUAAAAUGACAUUAUGUCUAUAGACCAAAAAUAAAACCUUUUACUUAACCCUUCUUGUGCUUAUGGCAAAAACUAAUGUAAGAUCCUUGCAAUUUUUUGUUUAUUUCUUUUCUGGAUGGGAAUAGUUUCAUUUUUACUUAUUCUUGCUUUAGUUGUUAGAAAGCAAGGCUUAUUUAAACAUGCAGUAGUCAGCAUAAGGAAUACAGAAGAAAUAAAUAGAAGAAGAAAUAAAGUCCUAAUCUUUUGUUUUGACAACACAUUGUACUUGAUUUCUGUGAAAAGAUUCACGUCAUAAAACAAAUAAUUAAAGACUUUAGGUAGAAAAGUUUUUGAAGGUGAGUGACUUUUCAAAACUCUGAUAUCCUCAUGUAAUUGAAGACGUUUUAAAAAGAAGUAAAAGACAAACAUGCAAGCAACAAAUUGAGAGGUUUUAAUUCAUACAUUCCCAGUACUUGAAAAAUGUAAUUAAUUAGUCUUUAAGAAUUCUUGAUUAUGCAUUUAAUUAUAUAUGAUACUUGAAUACAACUUGUAAUGAUUUUCAUGCAUAUAAACUCAGUAUUCAGUCUUUUAAAGUGAUCUCCAAAAAUAAUGCAUUCCUUCAGAUAAUUCCUUCACCUCUGGGUUUUUUUUCAGGUUAAGACACCUCGGGUUAAAUUUCCUUUCUGUUCAUGACAAACCCAUAUAAACCAUGCUGCUAUGGAACUACAUCAGUUUUCACCAUAAUUCCACAUUAUAUUAUUCCAGAAAAACUUACCACUUCUGUAUCUCCACUUCCUUUUUUCUCUGCUCUGUCUCACUUGCAUCACAUAAGGGGAUGAUUACACAAUAAACCAGCUGAAAGCCAAAACAAUUUGGAUGUAUUUAACUUUAGGGAGAUUUAUUCACCAGUUUAAUUUGUAACAUUGCUACUUUUUGGAAAAGGAAGGAAUCGGCUAUGUUCCUCACAGUGACAGAGCCAAGUUGUUCCAGAUUCAACAGAAUAUGAAACAAAGAUGUUUGUUUUAAUGGAUUAUAGUUGUGAAAAUUAGGAAGGUGGGGUUUUUAAAGACCUUGUCUCUUCAGGUGAAAAGGCCCUAAAUAAAUAUUACAUUCCUCCAGAAAUUAUGUUGAUGCAUUACUACUAUGUCUUAAAAGAAAGAAAAAAUGAAGAGAAAAAUACUUUUUUAAAGAAAAAAGGUUAAAAGAGCUAUUAAAGGGUAUUUAACCUUACCUAACACUUAACUGUUUUAUUUGAGCUAAAAAAAUGUAUUUCCCAUUGAUGGCAUGACUAAUCUCACUCAAUAUUAUAAAAAGCAUAGCUUUAAAAUGAAAAUCUAAAUUAGUCAGUGAUAUAUGUAGAAUCAUAGAAUUGUUUCCUUUCAGAGGAACCUUAAAGAUCAUGUAGUUCUAACCCUGUAGCUGUGGGGGUUCCUUCCUUCCUUUCACUAGACCAGGCUGCCCAAAGCCCUAUCCAGCCUGGUCAUGAAGCAGGGAUAGGGGAUCUGAAACUUCUCUGGGCAACCUGUUUCAUUGCCUCACCACCCUCACAGUAAAGAAUUUCUUCUGUAUAUCUAACCCAAAUUUCUCUUCUUUCAGUUCAUACCCAUUACUUCAUGUCCUAUUUACAGUUCCUGAUGAAGAAUCCCUCACCAGCCUCCCUGUAGAUCCUUUUCAGAUACUAGAAGGCUGCUACAAGAUCUCCAUGCAACCUUCUGUUCUCCAGGCUGAACUCUCCUCCAUCAGGAUUUUAAAGGAUCUAGAGGGAAAGCCAUAUGAGGAGUGGCUGAGGCCACUUGGUCUGUUCAUCCUGGAGAAGAAGAAACUGAGGGGUGAUCUCACAGCAGUCUACAACUUCCUUAAAAGGGGAAGAGAAGGGCCAGACACUGAUCUCUUCCCUGUGGUGCAUAGUGACAGGAAUGGCCUGGAGUUCUGUCAGGGGAGGUUUAGGCUGGAUAUUACAAAAAUUUUCUUCACCCAGAUGGUGGUUGGGCGCUGGAACAGGCUCCCCAGGGAAGUGGUCACAGCCCCAAACCUGACAAAGUUCAAGAAGUGUUUGGACAGUGCUCUCAGGCACAUGGUGUGAGCCUUGGGGUUGGUGCUGUGCACAGCCAGGAAUUGGAGUUGAUGACCCUUCCAGCUGAGGAUAUUCUAUGAUAACCUCCUCAGCCUGCUCUCUGACCUUCUCCAGUCCUCUUACCAACUUUGUGGCCUUCCUCUGACUUUUUCCAAUAGUUUCAAUCUCCUUAUGUUGAGGGCCGCAGCACUGUACGCAGUGUUCCAGGCGGUGUCUCAUGAGAGAAGCAUGGAGUGGAAGAAUCACCUCCAUCGGCCUUUUAGCCACUCUCCUUUGGAUGAAGCCCAGGGCACCACUCUUUCUGGGCUGUGGCUGCACACUGUCAGCUCAUGUUGAGUUUUUUGUCAGCCACCCCCCACCAAGUUCUUCUCCUCAGUGCUGCUCCCAAUCACUUCUCUACCCAAGCUGUAGGUGUUUCUGGGAUUGCCCUGACCCUUGUGUAGGACCGUGCACUCGCCUGUGUUUAAACUUCAUGAGGUUUGCACAGGUGCAGCUCUCCAGCCUGUCCGGGUCCCUCUGGAUGCCAUCCCUUGUUCUCCUGCAUACUAACCACCCCGCACAGCUCGGUGUCAUCAGCUUGUUGAGCGUGCCCUUGGUCCCACUGUCCAUGUCACUGACAAAGAUAUUGACCAACACUGGCCCCAGGACCAACCCGUCAGGGACACCACUUGUCACUGGUCUCCUCAUGGAUAUCGGGCCACUGACUGCAACUCUUUGCAUGUGGCCAUCCUGCCAAUGCUUUAUCUACUGAAUGGUCUGUCCAUACAUCCAUAUCUUGGUGACUCAUUAGUAAUUAUAAAAAUAGCAAGGAAAAAUCUGAAUUUUUGGGUUACUCAAGUAGCAAGUUGUGGAAGAUGCAGUCUCAUGAGCUACAUGAUGAAGUACAGUAGUCUGGACACAGUUUACAGUAGUCUGGACACAGUUUUCAGGAAAUCCAUUUACACACACAUUAGUGCUUUGGAUUGCAUCUAAAUUUGUGCUUUUGUUUUAGAGACCAAAUUCUGUUCUCUGUACCACUCCUGUAAGGGUAAUAAUAUGAAUUAAUUUAGUUUAAUUUUUAGUAACUAUAGAGAUAACAUGAAAUCCUGUGCUGAGUAUACUAUGGUGCUAAAGUAUUAAAAAUGCUAUCCGAAAUGAUCGCAGAAGACCUCUUAUAUACAAACAUGUUUUUUAAAGUUAUUCUUUAAAAUAUAUUCAAGUUAAUCACUAUCUGUUUUGAAUUUACAGAUGGUACUGGGCAUUGACAGCAAAUUAGUAGAUUAAUUAGCAGCACCUGCUAAAAGGGAAAGUAUCUGUUUUAAUGAAGAUUCUGAAUUCCAAAUGCUUUUAAAAUGUGACUAUUUCUAUAAACAGACAAACACUUGACAAGGAAUUUGCAGUACAAAUUCUUUAUGUACACUAAUAAUGCUAAGCAUAAACACAAACGUAUAGAAAAAAAAGGAGCUCUCACCUGUCCUUCCAUGAAAAUUUUAAAGAAAGCAAAAUAUGCAUUAUAUUUAAAUGUUACUGUAACUGGGUUAUGAAAAAAUAACUACGAUGCCAUAUUCCUGUAAUUUGGAAAUUUGCUUCUAAUUGAAUUACCUGUUUUUUACGGAGGCAGGGAUUACCAAUGUUAGAAGUUUGGAAGGCCAACUGGCUCAACCUUGGCAGAGCAUACCGUGAAUUUGAGGAUUCUUUAUGCAAAGAAACCAACUGGCACUGCUUCUGUAGGAAAGAGGUUUUGUAGCUGUUUCUGAAGGGUAGCUCCCCGCUGGUGACACUGGCCCGUGAUGACUUUCUCAGUGCAGGCAACUGUAAAUAAUGCUUAUAUUGCAAUGUGAAGAUAAUGUUAUAUAAAUUUUCACAUUCUCUUUGUGGUAUUACUUUGGAUAUCAGGGGUUUUUUGGAUGGAGAAGGAGCAAUAUGGCUAGGGUGUUAUAUAUAAAAAACAGCUCUUAAGUGUUCACGAUUACAGUGUGUAUUUAAACUGACUUUAGGUAUGAAAAGACAUAGUGGAGGGGAAGAUAGAUGCCAGUGCAUUACAUGCCUAAGUCUUGAUUCUCCAUGCACACCUCAAGUUAGUGAAUUUGUCCAUUUUAUAAAGAAGGAGGUGAGACAGUUGUGUAUUCUCUACACUAUAGAAAUAAUUUUAGAUUUUUAUCAUUGAAAUAACUAAGGCAAAAAGAAAAGUUUGAGUCUAAAUUGAAAUACAUUCUAUAUAAUAAAACCUGUUUUUUGUGAACAGUUGCAGUACUACAAACAGCAGCUUAGAUUGAAGUGAACAUGAUUAUUUUAAUUUUUUUUUUUUAAAAUAAGUGUUAUUUUGCAGAGUGUUUUUGCAAAUCACUUAAUGGUUGAAUCUGGAGAAGUCAGUAAGGGUUUAAUACACCAUUACCUUAUAAAAUUAUGAGGAAAGUAAUCCUCAAGGCAUAUUUUGGAGAGCAAACUGUGAUGUGGGAUUAGGAAAAGCCCUGCAAAUAGCAAUAUCAGAUUCACACUGGGACAGAGGGAAAGGAAUAAAAAGCAACCAAAAGUGAAGGAGGCAGCAUGAGAGAUGAUUGUAUUGUUUUCCAAAGAACAAAAGUCCAGCAGGUGGGUAAGGAUACACCAAAAGCCAAUAUAGUAUCCAUAGCUGGAGGAAAAUACAGAACAAUAUGUUCUUCCUCUGCAAAAAGCAGGUGAUAGUUUGUUUAUCGUAUUAUUGUAGUUCUAUUAGAAAGUUGGCAGAUUAUUUUAUAUGACAUCUGUGCAGAGGGGAAGACUGGAAUGCAGACAGAGAAUGACAUUUGUGCUUGUAGAAGGUUACUCUUGGUUCCUUUGCUCUUGAGGAGGGACUUUAGCAAGUUGUAGUGCUGUAUCAUUUCUGCCUAAGUGGAGACUUCAACUGUGGUCCUUUUUUGGGAAGAAGCUCUGCCUAUUCACAGACUUCAAAGAGCAGUGGCAAAAUCUUCAGUACAAAUAGUUCAGGUUGCUUUAGUAUCUGUGUUGUGACGUUAAAAGACACAAUUUUUAAGAGUUCAAUGGCUACUUCAUGCUACAGCCACUAUUGGGAUGCUUUCUGUAGAAAAAUAAUGUUCAAGAAGUGGUUUAAGUAAAAAAAAAAAACCUUUUAAAAUAUUUUAUUACCCAGUUCUAGGAAACUACAUGUGUUUUUCCUUAUCCUACUUCAUUCCAGAUUACAGGAAAUAGAAGAUGCUUAUGGAGAGGGUUUUUUAUAUGUAUAUUCCUUCAAAAUUCAUGUUAACCAUGUAAUAGAGAAGUUGCUGCUACCCAGCUUUUCUAAAAAAAAAAUCUAAAUUAUUGAAAGAUGAAUUUAAUUACCUCAACAAAAAUUGCUGUUGGUGAAGCUGACAUUUUCCAAGCCUAAAACGCCUUGCUUCUGCUGCUUGUUCUCCUUGCCAAAGCAUGAGGGAUUUUGUAAUAGGAGGUGUUUUACUGACCAACAUCAGAGUAAUCAGAUUAAUACCUAGUGUCUGUUACUUUAGCAUGCAUAUAUGAACUGAUAGUGGAUAGGAUCAGUAAGUAACAGAGCUUAAGACAGUGCGUAUUUUCAUAAGACAUCAAAAACCGAUCUUAAUCAUCAAUCCCUUUUAUUCAGGAGUUUUAAUAUCAGUGUAAUGUGUUAGGUUGAGUAAUUAGUGAUUUGAUGUUAAAAUGUAUGUAAGCAUUAGAUGCAUUUCAAGAAAAUAGUAAUUAUUGGGAAUUUAUCUUCAUGCAAAUUACACUAGCAGGAGGCAUAUGUGUGUUAAAACCAGUGAUACGGUGUAGUGUAGUUUAUUUCUGAUUGACAUGUUUGAAGAAUAAAGCUUAGGAAGUUACAAAUACUGCUGAAACAAGAAAGUCAUUUGAAUACAUACCUUACUGCAGAACUUGUACUACUCAUGUGCAAUGUGCAGGCCUAGUAAAAAGCUAAUUAUGUGUGAAGAUCAUGAACAUAUUUGUAUGUACUCUGAGUCUUUUUUGUGGUUGUUGUUGUUAGGAAUGUACGCAGUGGACGAAUACCGUAGAACCUGUUUUUAUGAAUGAACUUUAAACCCUCGAAAUUUGGAAGAAUCUUUGCCAAGCACGGUUAUCAGCAAUCCCACAGGUUUUUUUUUGUAUUUUUACCCCGCUGCCUGGUUACAAACACGAAUGGGAGAGUGUAGUCAUGGAAGCUGCAAUGAUAUUAAAUAACAAAUGAGUUUAGAUUCAGACUAAAGAUGGAGAGACUUGAGACCCAAACAGAGAAAUACCUUUUUCCAUCUGGAAAAAAUAGUUCUGCUAAUAAAUCGCUUAAAGAAAUAGAAUGUCACAACUAAGAGGCAGCUGUGCAAGCGCUGAGAUUGAUUAAUUAGGGGAAAGUUCUGUAUCACCAGCUUUUCUAGAUCAAGUAUUGAGAGAAGUCCUAUUGCAGGUAGAGUGACCAGGGACGCACAUUCCUCUAAGACGUGUUGGCAUUGAGGUAAGGAAUACAGAAGGAGCCAGCAAAUAAUGUUGUUCUUAACUGUAAUUUAGAAUUUUUUUAGCAUCUUUGUAUUUGAAAACAAAAAUUCAGUCAUGGUCUUGUAUCCAGGAGCUUUAUUUCUUGUGGAAAUAAGCUUUUGAAGCAAGAGUGAGAGGAACCAGGUAGGAGGUUCUAAGUAUGUAUUGUGCCUUCUUGGAUGAAGUGAUUCCAGAGAAAGCUCUUGCUACUGUAUUUAGAGCUAGCAUCCUAGGACCUCUAAGAGGAAAAAGGAAGAAGAGUCUGUUACUGAAUAAGGUUCUAAGAGCUGAGGUCAGUGUCCAUUCUUACUGAGGUUUGGUCAGCUCUACAGUAGCAGACUUGUCACUGGUGCUGCUGUAAGCAGUAGGCUGCUGAAAAGCCUUGUUUGGUGUUGGUAGAUAAAACUGCUUUAGAAUUAAAUGAAAUUUGAUAACUUGACUACAGCAUACCAAGUUCACUCUUCAACUGUCCUAUGAUUUUUUUUUUUCUGCUCCUCUUUCUUGUUACAAUUCCCAUUUCUGAAGUUUGCUUAGCUGUGACAAGGUGUUCUCUAACACUUGGGAGUGCAGUUUUGCUGUGACCUACUCUCUCCUUAAGACACUCUUUUUAGAUAAAAUAUUUUGAAUUUUUAUCUGUCAUUUGUACUUGAGCACUGUUAAAGGUCCAGUUUCUCCUGCUUUGAAAGCAAGUCUAUAGUCCUGAUGCUUAAUAUUGACAAAGUCUUUAUUAUUCUCGCUAAAGGACAAAGUGACAAUAUUUCUGUUGGCCUUAUCCUUUAAGUAAACAGUUGUCAAGCUGUUGAAGCUGUGAGGUAACUUUAGAUUAUUUCUACAUUUUCACAGAUUAUCCAACCCAAAAUAUGGGCAUCUUUGGUAGAGAGUUUUUCAUGUUGCAAGAGUUGCCAGCAAUAAUUAUACAUUUCAGUUUUAUAUAUUUUUUUUAUUUAGCAAAACAUUGGUAGCACCAAGUUUUGGACCUUCACUUUUUGUACUGCGAUGAAGAGAUAUAAGCAAGAGAAUUUGGCAAGUGCAGACAGAAUAUUUACCUCUGGGAAAAAAACAUCCAGGACUUGCCUCCUAACAUGUAGAUCUUGCAAAUAAAUUGGAGAUGGGAAGAACUGCCUUUGGUGUUCUAUAUGUAGAGAGAAUUGUUGACAAGAGGAAAAACAAGAAAGGAAAAACAGAAUAUUUGGUGCGAUGGAAAGGAUACGACAGCGAAGAUGAUACUUGGGAGCCAGAACAGCACCUUGUCAAUUGUGAGGAAUAUAUACAUGAAUUUAACAGACGCCACAAUGAAAAGCAGAAAGAAAGCACAUUAACCAGGACAAACAGGACCUCUCCAAAUAAUGCCAGAAAACAAAUUUCUAGGUCUACCAAUAGUUCUUUUUCAAAGACAUCUUCUAAAUCUUUAGUUAUGACUAAAGAACAUGAGUCAAAAAAUAGUCAACUUUUUUCUGCCACACAGAAGUUCCGGAAAAACAAUUCACCGUCGCUUUCUGGACGUAAAAAUAUGGACCUUGCAAAAUCAGGUAUUAAAAUCCUUGUGCCCAAAAGUCCAAUUAAGAGCCGGACAGCAGUUGAUGGCUUCCAGAAUGAAAGCCCAGAUAAAAUGGACCACAUAGAGCAAGAUCAAGAUGACUCUGUAGCACCAGAAGUAGCAGCAGAAAAACCUGUGGGAGCUUUGUUAGGACCUGGUGCAGAGCGUGCUAGGAUGGGGAGCCGACCAAGGAUACAUCCAUUAGUGCCACAAUUGCCAGUGCCAGUAACAGCCACAAUUGCAUCAGCAUUAACAAUAAAUGGAAAAGGUACACCCACCUUUAUGGAAGCAUUAGCAGCCAAUGGUACAACCAACAUCCAGACAUCUGUAGCAGGAGUGACAGCCAGCAAACGAAGGUUUAUUGAUGACAGGAGAGAUCAACCCUUUGAUAAAAGGCUACGUUUCAGCGUGAGACAAACAGAGAGCGCCUACCGGUACAGAGACAUUGUUGUCAGGAAACAAGAUGGAUUCACACAUAUUUUGCUAUCAACAAAAUCGUCUGAAAAUAAUUCAUUAAAUCCAGAGGUAAUGAAGGAAGUCCAAAGUGCACUGAACACAGCAGCUGCAGAUGACAGUAAACUUGUGCUGUUCAGUGCAGUUGGUAGCAUUUUCUGCUGUGGUCUUGAUUUUAUUUAUUUUAUACGACGUUUAACGGAUGAUAGAAAAAAGGAAAGCACUAAGAUGGCAGAAGCUAUUAGGAAUUUUGUGAAUACUUUUAUUCAGUUUAAGAAGCCUAUCAUUGUAGCAGUAAAUGGCCCAGCCAUUGGACUUGGAGCAUCUAUAUUGCCUCUGUGUGACGUGGUCUGGGCCAACGAGAAGGCCUGGUUUCAGACACCAUACACUACUUUUGGACAAAGUCCAGAUGGAUGUUCAUCCCUUACAUUCCCUCGGAUUAUGGGCCUGGCUUCUGCCAAUGAAAUGUUGUUCAGUGGAAGGAAGUUGACGGCGCAGGAAGCUUGUGCCAAAGGACUCGUCUCCCAAGUGUUCUGGCCAGGAACAUUCACACAGGAAGUAAUGGUUCGAAUUAAAGAACUUGUCACAUGUAAUUCAGUUGUACUUGAAGAAUCCAAAGCUUUAGUACGUAACGUCAUGAAGGUGGACUUGGAACAAGCAAAUGAAAAGGAGUGUGAAGUUUUGAAGAAAAUCUGGGGCUCAGCACAAGGGAUGGACUCAAUGUUAAAAUAUCUGCAGAACAGAAUUGAUGAAUUCUGAUGAGAUGCCCGUGACACUGGAAUUGUAUUUCUUGGACAUCAGGGCAAGCAAAAUAUGCCCAUUUAAAAAACCCUUAUAUAAACUAACCCCUUGCUCAGCUUGGGAACAGGAGUGGACACACACCCCCCUCCCCUUUUAUUGUCAAGGGGUUUAAAAGUACUGUAUCUCUUAAAUUUGAACAAAACUCCUUUCUCCCUGAUUGUUACAUGCAGAUGUAUACACACACAACUGUAUGUGUGUGCAUAUAUCUAUAUAUGUCUUUUAUAUAUAUAUAUUUAUAUAUAUAUAUAUAGAUAUAAAUGUAAUAUGUGUGAGAGUGUGUAUGUAGACACACAAACACACACACACACUAGGUAAAAAAUGAUAGAGUGCACUACCAAACAUCUCUUUAAAAGCUCUAGUUUUUGUUAUCUUUGGCUAGUACUGUAUCAAAUAGAGAAUUAAUUAAAAAGUGAAUGGUGUUGCAUUAUCUUCUGUGUGGCAGGGAAGUCUGGAGUAAUGCUUUUCUUUUUCAUGAGAAUACAGAAUUGAAACGGGUAUUAGCCAGCCCUUGCUUUCUCUGCCCAAUGAGUCAGCUUAGAGAAAAGGUAUUGUCUCAGAAGAAGGUUGAAAUACCUCAAGUAAUGGAACAUUCUGAAACUUUGGGGUAGAUAAAACCCUAUUAUGCUUAAAUCACACGUAUCCCCAAAAAGAGAGUGUGCUCAGGAUUAAUGCUAAGGAAACACUCUGUUAUUUUUUGGGGGGAGGUAUGGAGGAGUGGGAGGAAGGGGCAGGAGUAUGUCUGAUUCUUACCCAGAUGGCAUGAAGAAACCACUGUCUCUUAGGGAAAGGGAAUGAGGGAGAGCCAGAGGGAAGUGGAAGGGGGAAGGGAGAAGGAAGAAGGAAGAAAAAAAAACCAACACAAAAAAGCUUGUUUUGCAGUAUUAGUGAAUCACUGAAUAUCUUAUGUAUGAAUAUCCUAAGUUAUAAGUUAGUUUUAGUGGGUUUUUAAAAAGCCUCUCUGGGUUGUUUUUUUGUUUGUUUGGGGGUUUUUGUUUGUUUAUUUUGGUUUUUUAAUAACUACAUAAGUGCUCCUGUUGCUGGGUGAAAAUACUACUUUAUAUACAGUUUGGGUUUUGUUUUUGGUUCUUUUUUUCCUAUUUGCUGGUUUAAUUGAUGUAUUACACCAAAAAUGCAUUUUAUGUUCAUAAAUUUUAGGUUCACUUAGAAUAUAUUAUUUAAUAAGUUAAAAUUCUUUUGGCACACUAUUAAGUAAAAAAAAAAAAACUCUUAAAAAAAAAAACUACCUUAUAUUAGAUGUUUAAUGUUCUUUGUCUAUGCUUUUUUAUUAUUUGAAAUAUACACUAUAUGCAGUAUGGUGUAAAAGAGUGCCCUGUGUACAUAGACCUAUUUUGCAUUCCUUUCAGGAGUGGUUACUGAUUCCUGACUGCAGAUAUCUAUUAUUACUUGGGUAUCUGUGCUUGCAAUCUUAUUGAAUGUAUUAUGAAGAAUGAAAAUGAAAUCAAACCUUAUUUUUGUACAGUUUUGAACUUUUUACUUGGAACUGACCCACCUCCCCUUCCCAGUGGAGAGCUGUACAGUGUGUAAAUCUGCCUUUACCUUGAAUUGGUACAGUAUUUUUGCAUCUGUGGGACCUACUUCUUUGUUCUAGUAGUUUGAACUAUAUAUAAACUGUACAAUCUGUAAAGUUUUUAUAGAAUAAAUAUUCAGCUGUGAAAACUGGUUAAAUAAAACUAAUAUUUCUUAACACAUUUUAAA